AUGAGGCUGGUCAUCCUUGUGUGCCAGCUUGGCCUCAUUCUGAGGACCAAGGCCCAGAUACCAGAUGCUUGCAUUCUUAGCGAUACAAACAGAGCUCCAGAAAACUCAGACAUAACUGUGUUGUGUGGCACUGAGUAUAUGGACCUGAGCAUCUAUCUUUGCCCGGUGUACCAAGCUCUCUACAAUGAGUCUCUGAUGGUCCUCAAUAAUCAGUUUAACCAGCCUGAGUGUUUUGGGACUGCUGACUGGAGCGUGGACCCACCAGUCUUAAAAUUCAGAUUCCCCUUGAAUGAAAGCUCCAUCUCAUCCUGCAAUAAUAACUUCAAGAUAAUCAACCAAGUUGGAACUGGAUUCUUUUCUGACUUCUCAAACGUCCAGUUUGUUAACAUCUCCGGCACUAUUACCUCUGUAGACCCCUCUGCGGGUAUGAUCACCUAUCGCCCACAGAUCCUGUACAAGUUCUCCUGCUUCUACCCGAUGCAAUAUCUCCUGAACAACACUCAACUGGCCGUGUCAGGUGUGAGUCUUGCCAUAAGAGACAACAAUGGUAGCUUCAUCAGCACAAUGAGUAUGCAGCUCUAUCAAGAUGACAAGUAUGAAGAUAUACUUAUUAUCCCACGAACAGGACUACUGCCGAAGACCAGGAUUUAUGUUGCAGUUAAAGCUACCAAUCUAACAGACAGGUUCAACGUUAUGCUGGACAGAUGCUAUGCAUCAACAAGUCCAUAUCCCAUGCUCAACAAGUAUUAUGACCUCUUUGUCGGGUGUCAGCGUGACGCACAAACUAAGGUGGAGCUCAAUGGGGAGUCUCAGGUGGCGUACUUCUCCUUUGAGACCUUCAGAUUUGUGGAGCAUGGAAAUCUGACAGUUUCCACUUUCUACCUGCACUGCGUCACCAGGCUCUGUGAGGUGUCCUCGUGCAGCAGUUUAAAGCCUGACUGUGGAUCCAUGGCCCGCAUGUCAAAGAAAAAGGCCCAGUACAUGUCAAACAACAUUACAGUCACCUCGCCGCCCAUCCUUGUGGGCAAACAGAGAACGGGUGUGACUGUCGGGCUGAAACCCACAGAUAUUCCCUCCUCCUAUCAGACGAAGAAGAAUUACAAAUACAAAAGGGAAAUUGUUGGGGUGGCAAGGGCAGCUAGUCCCCGUUCAUGA